ACAUGAUGCUUUGACGAUCAAUAAACUUCCACCAAACGCCACAUUUUCUUCCCUUCUGCUUUUACCAGUCAUUUCCCCAACCUCAAAGACCAAUGCAAAUCUCAUUUCUCUUGUUCUAAGCCAUUGAUUUGAUCUCCAUAUCCAUAUAUGUUCUCACGUGAUUAGAUAUAAUAAUCAAGAAUAUGUCUCUUUAGCAUCACCCCAACUUCAAUUCUAUACGUAAUUAUUUUUUCCAGAAAAAGAAAGAAGCUACUGAUUUAUAAGUGGUGAAGAUAUGGAGUUAGCUGCCAUUCGUAAACAUAAACACGUUGUCAAGAUUUGUCAACUAAGUUGCCUUCUCUUUACUUCUACCGUUUGAUAUACUCAAAUGUUUGUUUUUCUUUUAUCUACAUAUAACUGAUUAUGACUCAACUGUAUUCUCCCACCCUUGUCGCCGCGUUUUUUGGUGACACAUCAGUUUAUACACUACAAGAAAUAUAAGUAGCUCUUAGCGAGAAAAAAUAAAAUCCAAUUGCUUAUUUUUCUUGUUAUUAGCUAGUCAAUUUUCUCAAUUGUUCCUCGAUUUUUUCGAAGUCAUGGCAAUGUUGAAAUUAAAUUGUGGAUUGAAUUUGGGAAUGAGCAAGAAGUUUGAUUUAUCUAUCAGAGACAAAUUUUUGAGAUUUGAAGAAAUGAGAAGAGAUGAGAAACAGUGGACUCGUUUGGGCUGCUGCAGCGGCAUUGAAAAAGGCAGAGUGAUUACUAAGGAAUAUUAUAAUUCGUCAGUAGCAUCAGUAGCCGAUUCUGCGGCGGACGACAAUGCUGAGGGGGAGGAAUUUGUGCAGAUGAUGAGGGAAGCUCAGCCGUAUUUUCUUGCGCACAGAGGCCGCACAUUCGUCGUCGUUUUAUCUGCUGAGAUUAUUGACAGCCCUUACUUAUCUUCCAUACUCAAAGAUAUCUCUCUCCUUCAUGGCCUGGGAAUCAAAUUUGUUCUUGUACCCGGAACUCAUGUCCAAAUUGACAGGUUUCUGGCUGAAAGAGGAAGUGAGCCCAAAUAUGUAGGCCGCUACAGAGUUACAGACACCGAUUCACUGAUGGCUGCAAUGGAUGCAGCUGGGAGGACUCGUCUUAUGAUAGAAGCAAAGUUGUCUCCUGGGCCAUCAUUGACUGGUGUCCGCCGGCAUGGAGAAAAUAGUCGCUGGCAUGAUGGUGUUAGUGUUGCUAGUGGUAAUUUUCUAGCAAUGAAGAGAAGAGGUGUUGUAGAAGGAAUCGAUUAUGCAGCGACUGGUGAAGUAAAGAAGAUAGAUGUUUCUCGAAUUCGUGAGAGGCUUGAUCAGGAUAGCAUCGUAUUAUUAAGCAAUCUUGGUUAUUCCAGCUCUGGAGAAGUUUUGAACUGCAACACAUAUGAAGUUGCCACAGCUUGUGCCUUGGCUCUAGGAGCAGAGAAACUGAUUUGUAUUAUAGAUGGUCCAAUUCUUGACGAGUCCGGGCGCCUUAUUCGUUUCUUAACUCUUCAAGAUGCUGACAUGCUGGUUCGCAAACGAGCAGAACAAAGUGAGACAGCAGCUAAUUAUGUGAAAGCUGUUAGUCAAGAGGACUUCCAUUGUUUAGGUCAAAAUGGUUCCAAUGGAUCAGUCUCUUCCUACAAUAUGAAUGGUUUUAGCCAACGAUACAGUGUCACAUUUCAGAAUGGUGUUGGUUUUGACAAUGGGAAUGGGCUUUGGUCCAGUGAGCAGGGUUUUGCCAUUGGAGGACAAGAGAGGCUAAGUCGACUAAAUGGUUAUCUUUCAGAGUUAGCUGCAGCUGCUUUUGUGUGCAGAGGAGGUGUUCAAAGAGUUCACCUGCUGGAUGGUACUAUUGGUGGAGUUUUACUAAAGGAAUUGUUCCAAAGAGAUGGAGUUGGGACAAUGGUAGCUAGUGAUCUUUACGAAGGAACACGAGUGGCUAGGCUGUCAGAUAUUUCUGGGAUCAAACAAUUAUUACAACCUCUAGAAGAGUCUGGAACAUUGAUCAGAAGGAGUGAGGAAGAGCUUGUGGAGGCGCUGCAUUCAUUCAUUGUUGUGGAGAGAGAAGGGCACGUUAUAGCUUGUGCUGCUCUCUUUCCUUACUUUGAAGAAAAAUGUGGAGAGGUUGCUGCUAUUGCUGUUUCUCCUGAUUGUCGUGGCCAAGGACAAGGAGACAAAUUACUUGAUUACAUUGAGAAGAAGGCAUCCUCCCUUGGAUUGCAAAUGCUGUUCCUGCUUACAACUCGCACAGCUGAUUGGUUUGUGAGGCGCGGUUUUUCUGAAUGUUCCAUAGAACGCAUACCAGCUCAAAGAAGGAAAAGGAUUAAUCUCUCUCGUAGGUCGAAGUAUUACAUGAAGAAGCUGCUACCUGAUAGAAGUGGUAUACGCUUUGACAGCCCCUUUUCAUAAGAACAAAAAGGAGUUUCUUAUCUCUAUAGCGGCUCUGCAAUAAGCUUGGAUUAAAUGGACAAUCCUUGUUAUCCUGUAUCGGAUAAGUGUAAUCAUAGCAAAGAAGUAUAAAAAGAUGUGCCUGUAUAGUAAGUACAAAUAUAAAAUUUCAGGUUUGUAAUAUUGUCUGCUUCAUAAGGUGGCCUAUACUUGAUUUGGUUGCUAAUAUUCAUCUGUCAUAAAAUAAAAUGAGUGCUAGAAUUAAGAAGCAAUAAAGGCACGAAGAGUGAGAGAAGCGAGCAGUAGUCUUAUUUCUUUUCUUUUACUAUUUUUGGGAUAUCUUUACAUAUCAACUUUCAGGCUACAUAUAAUGCCUCAAUACUUGGAAUAGUGUUAUUGCUACAGUACACAAUACUUGAAGUA